AAAGCCAGCUCUGGUAGCUGCAAAAUCCGAAGUGAAUGCGAUACAUGAUACGGGAUCCCUAUUGCUGAUGCUGUUUCGAUGAAUUUCAUCUAAUUAUCAUAGCACAGAACAUUCCUCCGCCAUGUCAAAAAAGUCUGUCCCAACUGACGCGGAGCUGCUUGCCCAGUUUGACGACUUAAAUGUCGGCGAAGGGACUGUGGACAAUAGCUCAUCUACGGAGCCGCAGGGAGCUCCAGAGCAGGAUGUCCUGGCCGAACUUCAAAAUCUAGCAUCUCAGAGACCAGCCAGCCGACCGUCCACGCCACAGUCAAAGCGUACGUCAACCAACACUCCGCCAGCCGAUAGAACGAGCGACGAGAAAACCUCAUCUAGAAAGUCAGGCGACAGUACAAGACCAUAUCAUAUGAGUAUGACACCGGCAGACACAACUUCGUCCGAAGCUGGGUCCACUCCCAUUACCCCAGAUCCUCAAGCUAAAGGAAGCGGAGGAGGAUGGUGGGGUGGCUUUUUCGCAACCGCCAGUGCAGCAAUGAAGCAGGCGGAGGCUGCUGUGAAGGAGAUUCAGAAGAAUGAAGAAGCUCAGAAAUGGGCAGAGCAUGUUCGGGGGAAUGUUGGUAUGCUUAAAGGCUUAGGCGGAGAAUUGAAAACCCUCGCAUUACCCACAUUUACCUCCUUUAUCCACACGUUGGCGCCCCCGAUUUCGUCCCACGAACGACUUCAGAUUCACAUCACCCACGAUCUCCGCGGAUACCCUUCCCUCGACUCUCUGAUUUACAAUGUAUUUGCGAGAGUAAUGGCACAAGUUGAAGGUGGUGAUCUCCUUGUUGUUCAGCGUGGUCAAGAAUCAGGACCAAGGCGAGGUCCGGAAUCUGGUGCAUCCCUAAAACCCACUGCUGGCUGGAAUGAUGGACCAUGGUGGCGCUACGUGUCUCCCAAACAGCCUCGUUCUAUUUCUGCCAUAAAGGGUGCGGUGGUGGCUACAAAACUUGCCCGGGCCAGCGCAGAGGCGUAUGCAAAUGAGUUCUACGCCGCUCGUGGCGGUGUGGAAGAGGCUGCAAGACAGGCAUCCGAAAUCUUGUCAGAGUCCAAUCCUGUUCGCAACAGUGAUAUCUUCCUUUCUAUCCAAGCUCUAAGUCAACCUGUAUCCUCUGAGCUAUUCCAGGCAGGGCCUAGCGGCGAAUCCGAACCCACAUCUGAGGUAGUGGAGCCAAAGGCUGAUAUCGAGGAAGAAAUCUCGUUCGCCGUGUAUCUCCAUGAUCCGGUGCACGGAAUUGCAUUCCAUACCAUCUCGCAGUCCAUCCCACAGAGAUGGAUUGAGUGGCUUGAUGCCUCCGCGCCGGAAACGGACACUGACGAUUCUUCGGAGGCCGCCCAGUUCUUUGUUCCCGAAGCUAUUGCAGAAAUCAUCGAGAGCGGCGGAGUCGACCCCCGCGAGUGGGUGGCAGAGUGGGUCGAGGAUGCGCUUACUCUGGGAGUUGGUGUUAUUGCACAACGUUAUGUCGCCCGUAGAAUGGGCGUGGGUGAAGGCGGGGUCGGCAAGGGCAAGAUGAAAGUCGAGCAGGCCACCGUCGUAGAGAGCGGAGCAGGUGAAGCAGCAAGGGCUAUCUGAUAUCCGGCACCACGCUCUUUGUGUCCUCCUACCAGAUGAGCUAGCUUCGGAAGUGAUUCUGGCGUUUUCCUCACCGAACCAAGCGGGGGUGUCUCUUACACUUGAGUCUUCUCUUGUGACUAUAGUUUUUCCCAUUCCUUUUGCUCCAUGUCUUAUGAUGCUGGGUAUUAGGUAGCUACAUAUACUUAAUUUUCAUCC